AUGCAUCAGUUCUCUCUAUCUAUCUUUCUCUCUCACUAUCUCAUCUUUUCAAUUCUUUUCUCUAUCUAUUUAUCAAUAUCUCAAUUUUUUCUAUCUACCUCAGUCUGUUUUCUUUCAUCUUCUAUCUAUCUAUCUAUCUAUUGUUCAUAUCUAUCUAUCUAUCUAUCUAUCUAUCUAUCUAUCUCAAUUCGUUCAUAUCAUCUAUCUAUCUAUCUAUCUAUCUAUCUAUCUAUCUAUCUAUCUAUCUAUCUCAUCUAUCUCACUCUGUGUUCAUUAGCCAUCUAUAUAUCUCUUUGUCUAAGUCUGUUCUAUCUAUCUAUCUAUCUAUCUAUCUAUCUAUCUAUAUCUCUUUGUCUAUCUAUCUAUCUAUCUAUCUAUCUAUCUAUCUAUCUAUCUAUCUAUCUAUAUAUAUAUAUAUAUAUAUAUAUAUAUCUUAGCGUCUUUCUUUUCAUAUCUAUCUAUCUCAAUCUGUUCAGUAUCUAUCUAUCUAUCUAUCUAUCUAUCUAUCUAUCUAUCUAUUUAGCUAGCUAA